AUGGCCGACUCAUUUGAGCUCAUCGUAACCCGAAAAGAACCUGUUCUUGUCUCUCCAGCGUCUGAAACUCCCAAAGGUCUCCAUUAUCUCUCAAAUCUUGAUCAAAACAUCGCCAUCAUCGUCAAAACCUUCUACUACUUCAAAUCAAACUCAAGAUCCAACGAGAAAUCUUAUGAAGUUAUCAAGAAGUCACUCUCUGAGGUUCUUGUUCACUACUAUCCUGCCGCCGGGAGACUGACGAUCAGCCCCGAAGGAAAGAUCGCUGUUGGUUGCACCGGAGAAGGAGUUGUCGUGGUGGAAGCUGAGGCCAAUUGUGGGAUAGAAAAGAUAAAGAAGGCUAUAUCGGAGAUUGAUCAACCAGAGACUCUUGAAAAGCUGGUUUACGACGUUCCCGGUGCUCGGAAUAUUCUUGAGAUUCCUCCAGUAGUUGUUCAGGUGACAAAUUUCAAAUGUGGAGGAUUCGUACUAGGACUAGGCAUGAACCACAAUAUGUUCGAUGGUAUCGCAGCAAUGGAGUUCCUCAACUCUUGGGCCGAGACGGCUCGUGGCCUUCCUCUCUCCCUCCCACCUUUCUUGGACCGCACACUUCUCCGACCACGAACUCCACCAAAGAUCGAUUUCCCACACAACGAGUUCGAGGACCUAGAUGACAUAUCAGGCACGGGAAAACUCUACUUCGACGAGAUACUCGUAUACAAAUCCUUCCUAUUCGGACCGGAAAAACUGGAGAGGCUCAAGAUCAUGGCAGAGACGAGAUCCACGACUUUUCAAACCCUAACAGGAUUUCUAUGGAGAGCUCGUUGUCAAGCUCUAGGGCUUAGACCUGAUCAACGGAUAAAACUUCUAUUUGCUGCAGAUGGACGGUCGAGAUUCGUUCCAGACCUUCCUAAAGGAUACUCCGGAAACGGGAUUGUGUUCACUUAUUGCGUUACAACGGCAGGUGAAGUGACUUUAAACCCUCUUUCUCAUUCGGUGGGUUUGAUCAAAAGCGCCGUUGAAAUGGUCAACGACGGUUUCAUGAGGUCAGCGAUUGAUUACUUUGAGGUGACUCGGGCUAGACCGAGCCUAACGGCUACGCUUCUGAUCACAUCAUGGGCAAAACUGUCGUUGCAUACGAAGGACUUCGGUUGGGGUGAACCGGUUGUGUCUGGACCGGUGGGUUUACAGAGAAGGAAGUGAUUCUGUUCUUGCCAUGUGGCAGUGACACGAAGAGUAUCAAUGUGUUGCUUGGACUUCCUGGUUCGGCUAUGAAAGUGUUCCAAGGGCUUAUGGA